AUGAGCUCGGGAGAGGACAGCACGAGAAACACCACCACUGUCGCCAACUUUGGCAAGACUUCUGGUGGAAACUCUGCCUACCACAACUUCAACAACGACUAUGCUCACGUCAGUGACCUGAACGAGAGGAGGCGCUUGGCCCUCGCCGAGAUUGACAAGGCUCCUUUCGGCUGGUACCAUGUCCGCGCCUGCGUCGUGGCCGGUGUCGGCUUCUUCACCGACUCGUACGACAUUUUUACUGCAUCCAUGCUGACCAUUAUGCUGGGCAUUGUCUACUAUCCCGGAACCGGCAAGAUGCCUGCUUCUUCCGACAAUGCCAUCAAGCUGGCCACCUCUGCCGGUACCGUCGUCGGCCAGCUCGGGUUUGGUAUGCUGGCCGACAUUGUCGGCCGUAAGCGCAUGUACGGUCUGGAGCUCAUGGUCAUCAUCUUUGCCUCUCUUGCUCAGUCUCUCACGGCCGGUGGUCCUGCCGUCAACAUUGUUGGUCUCAUCAUCUUCUGGCGUGUCAUUAUGGGCAUCGGCAUUGGUGGUGACUACCCUCUAAGCUCCAUUAUUACUUCAGAGUUUGCUACUACCAAGUGGCGUGGUGCCAUGAUGGGUGCCGUUUUUGCUAUGCAAGGCUUUGGUCAGCUCGGCGCCGCUCUCGUCAUGCUCUUCGUCACCCUCGGCUUCAAGCACUCUCUUGAAGGCGCCAAGGAUGUCGCUCACUGCACUGGAUCCUGCCAGGUCGCCGUCGACAAGAUGUGGAGGACGCUUAUUGGCUGCGGUGUUGUUCCCGCCUGCAUUGCUCUCUACUACCGUCUGACCAUUCCCGAGACCCCCCGAUACACCUUUGACGUUGCUCGUGAUGUCGAGCAGGCCGAUGAUGACGUCAAGGCUUAUAUCAAGGGCAAGCAUGAGGGCGAGCCCGACGAGAUUGCCCGCGCCGAGGUCCACAAGCAGGCUGAAAAGAGUCUCGAGGUCCCCAAGGCCAGCUUCCGCGACUUCUGCCGCCACUAUGGCAAGCUCAAAAACUUUCUCCUCCUUGUAGGGACGGCAGGCUCCUGGUUCUGUCUUGAUGUUGCCUUUUACGGUCUCUCCCUAAACAACGGUACCAUUCUCGAAGCCAUUGGCUACUCCACCGCCUCUGGCCAUGUCAAAAACGUCUACCAGCUUCUAUACAACACUGCUGUCGGCAAUGUCAUUAUUGUUCUUGCUGGUGCUGUUCCCGGUUACUGGGUCUCUGUUGCCACCAUUGAUACCCUUGGUCGCAAGCCCAUUCAAAUGGCUGGCUUCAUCAUCUUGACCAUUCUCUUCAUCAUCAUGGGCUUCGCCUACCACCACAUCCCCCCCAAUGGUCUGCUCGCCAUCUACGUCAUUGCCCAGUUCUUUUUCAACUUUGGCCCCAAUACCACUACCUUUAUUGUGCCCGGCGAGGUCUUUCCUACCCGCUACCGUUCCACAUCGCACGGUAUCUCUGCUGCCUCUGGCAAGAUUGGCUCCAUCAUUGGCCAGGGUGCCAUUGCCAGUCUGCGUACCCGUGGUGCUACCAAGACCAACACCUCUCCUUGGCUCGACCACGUCCUUGAGAUCUUUGCACUUUUCAUGCUCCUCGGCUGCGGUACCACUCUCCUCAUCCCUGAGACAGCCCGCAAGACUCUCGAGGAGCUGUCCGGCGAAGAUGACUACGCCGCUCACACCCACGACGUUGAGGCUGCUGCCGAGUCUAAGCCCGUCUCUUAG